AUGGAUAUCCACACUAUUUUCCCUCGAGACUUACAAAUAACGGACGAAUAUGAAUAUGAGUUCAACGAAUUCGAAUACGAAGGUGAUGACUUCUAUCACGAGAUUAGGGAACAAGUUUUGCAGCUGACGGCAGAGAAUGAUGGUUUCGAUGAAGAAAAUCGCGAAAUCAAGAAUCAUAGCACGAUGGCGGCCAGACAUGGCCUUAGUAAUGUCUCUGCUCAGAUAAAAAGAGGGUAUUACAACUGGCCUGCGAACAAGGAUGAAGAAAAUUCAGUACCAGCAUGGAUUGUCAACUUGUGGAGAUGUGGUAAUGGGACUGGUGUUUUCAUACCCCAAAUUGCGCCUUCUCGAAGAAGAAACAGACCAAGAAAGAAGAAAGGGCAAAAGAAGAAGAAGGACAAACAAGAGAGUAGGAAAAAUAAUGAGUUGGAUUGA